AUGAUCUCCUGGGGCCCGUUGCCGGUGUUCAUGGUAUUACGCCUUGUAGGCCUUGCCAGUGGGUUACUAGCAGCUACCAGCAGCCCUUCAUCGUCCCUCGCAGUCCGGGCAGUGGGACCUCCGCCUCUAGUGAUCCCUCCUAGCCAGCUUUGGGAAGGGAAUGACGGUGCUUGGUCGACUUUCUGGCUCAGUGUUGGAACACCGCCUCAAAAUGUUAGAGUGCUCGCCUCGACGGCCAGCAAUCAACCUUGGGUGAUAUUGUCCGAAGGCUGUUUUUCCAACGAUCCCUCGGAUUGUGACCACAGCCGUGGGGGCAUCUUUCAAACAAACGCCUCGCGUUCGUGGUAUGUCCCAUCAUGGAUCAAGAACAAAACAUCAGCUGUUUUUACCGUGGCCAUUGAAUCGAAUCUUGGGCUCACGGGAAAUGCCCAAUAUGGCUACGAUAAUGUCUCACUGGGUGCCAACAGUGGAACUCCCUCCUUGAGUAAUCAGGUUGUAGGAGGCAUUGCAACGAAGGAGUUUUUUAUGGGAUUGUUCGGUUUAAACCCAGCGGCUACAAGCUUCUCCACCAAUAACGAACCGGUUCCAAGUUACAUGUCCUCUCUGAAGACUCAGAAUAUCAUCCCAUCGCUUUCUUAUGGAUACACUGCUGGGAACAAAAACCGCAAUGAUAAAAAUUUUGGGAGUCUCACGCUAGGGGGUUACGAUGCUUCGCUAUUUGAGCCCAAUCCACUUACUGUUGUAUUCAACUCUCAUGCCGCCUCAGAUCUUACGAUAAAUGUCAACCACAUCGCAACAUCAUCUAAAGACGGGACUCGGGCAUUGAGCAUAUCUCCUUUCUCAGCCUUGAUUGAUUCGACUAUCUCACAUAUGUACCUUCCAGUUGAGGUCUGCAAGCAAUUUGAGGAUGCCUUCGGGAUCGUUUACGAUGAAGCUAGUGGGCUCUAUCUCGUCAACGACACUUUACACACCCAGCUUUUAUCUCAGUCACCCACCGUGACUUUUACCUUAACUAACUCGACGUCAAAGGUGAUGGUGGAUAUUGCCCUUCCAUACUCAGCCUUCGAUCUGUCCGUCCAUUGGCCUGUAGCUCAAAACACCACGCGGUACUUUCCCCUGAAACGAGCUGCGAAUAAUACCCAAACCACACUUGGCCGCACUUUUCUCCAAGAAGCAUAUCUUAUUGCAGACUACGAACGCUCAACCUUCUCCAUACACCAACGGAAAUGGGAUGACAACGCCCAACCGAAUAUACAAGCCAUCAUGCCACAAUCUGCCGAUUCCGGCAUAGUCCCAGAUAAAAAGAACCCUGUAAACAUUGCGGCGGUCGUGGCUGGUUCUAUAGGUGGGUUUGUGUUGAUCACAAUUAUUGUUGGCGCUGUGUUUAUGCUCCGUCGGAGAAGUCAACAACGGAAAGCCAGCCAGGCUAGUACGGGUACUUCUAGCUCAAUGCCACCCGGGAAGACUCUUUUGCCCUCGGUGGCAUAUUCGACAUCCCCAUCGGCGGCAUAUCCGGUGUCUCCCUCACUGGCAUCGCGAGCCACUGCGCCUGGCCGGCCUCGCUCCGUGUCAUUCUACGGGGAGGACCACCUUGCUACAGACGCGAUACUGAGGAGUUCCGGGCCAAAUGCCGGGCCAGUUCAUUCUGGAAGUGUAGCAUCCAGCUCAGUGCGUUACCCGAACAGCGACUACGACGCGCAAACAACACGCACGAGGAGUCCAGAGCUCGAAGGUUACCCAGGCCCAUAUCGCAGCAUGGCAUCCAGCCCAGUGUAUUAUCCCAGUGAUUACGAUGCACAAGUCAUGCGUACCAGGAGCCCGGAGCUCGAAGGUUCACCAACGCAGCACCAUGCCAAUAUCGGAGCUAGCUCGACCCGGAACUUGAGCGUACGCGAUAUACAAAGGAAUAAUACAAGGAGCCCAGAGUUAGAGGGUUCCCCAGUUACUCCAAUUGCGGCAACCAAUCAAUUACCGGCGCAGGGUAGAAUUCCUGGGUCAGAGGAACUGGAUGUGGUCCAUGAGCUUCCUGCCCGAGAGAAUGUUGACCGAGGGCUUCUAGAUGAUAGCAAGAAGCCAGCAUGGAUAUGA